CCCAAGGCAGAUCAGCCCGCCCAGCCCGCAGCGCGGUCCACGGCCCUCCGCGCAGGGACGCAGAACUGGGGGCGCGUGGCAGCAAGCAGCAUGGAGCCCCGGACCCCGGAUGGCUACUUCCUGGGUGACGUCGGUUGCCUUUCAAUCUGUUGAUCGUGCCCUUUGAUGUGCACAAGUUUCUUUUCUUUGUUAUCACACCUGCUGCUUCUGAUCUCUGCCAUCCGUGGCUGCCGCUGGUUACCAGCUUCUGGGUGGAACGCACCCCCGUGCACGAGGCUGCCCAGCGUGGUGAGGCCCUGCAGCUGCAGCAGCUGAUCGAGAAUGGCGCCUGUGUCAACCAGGUCAUGGUGGACUCCAUCACGCCCCUGCACGCAGCCAGUCUGCAAGGCCAGGCACAGUGCGUGCAACUGCUGCUGGCCGCCGGGGCCCAGGUGGACGCCCGGAACAUUGACGGCAGCACCCCACUGUGCGAUGCCUGUGCCUCAGGCAGCCUCGAGUGUGUGAAGCUCUUGCUGUCCUAUGGGGCCAAGGUCAACCCGCCCCUGUAUACGGCCUCUCCACUGCACGAAGCCUGCAUGAGCGGAAGUUCUGAAUGUGUGAGGCUUCUUAUUGACGUUGGGGCCAACCUGGAAGCACAUGAUUGCCAUUUUGGGACCCCUCUGCACGUUGCCUGCGCCCGAGAGCAUCUGGACUGUGUCAAAGUGCUGCUCAAUGCAGGGGCCAAUGUGAAUGCAGCCAAGCUUCACGAGACAGCCCUUCAUCACGCGGCCAAAGUGAAGAAUGUGGACCUCAUCGAGAUGCUCAUUGAGUUUGGAGGCAACAUCUACGCGCGGGACAACCGGGGGAAGAAGCCGUCCGACUACACGUGGAGUAGCAGUGCCCCUGCCAAGUGCUUCGAGCACUACGAAAAGACACCUCUGACACUGUCACAGCUCUGCAGGGUGAGCUUGAGGAGGGCCACCGGCGUCAGAGGGCUGGAGAAAAUUGCCAAGUUGAACAUCCCUUCUCGGCUCAUCGAUUACCUUUCCUACAACUGAGCUGCAGGCACCGGAGGCGGGAGCAGGCUGGUGGAAUCCUAGCUGCUCGCCUUGCAAACGAGCAGCGUCAUUUGCAAGGACAAACGAGCCCAGCGUCGUUUGUCUGAAGCCCUCGAUUGCUAUAGAUAGUACAAAGUUCCCUGAGUCCCUGUUGGCCGUUCUGUUUCGUCUUCUCUGCAGGCUCUUGGAGAAUAUUUCCAAGGCAUUGGGAAGGCACCACCGUGGCUUCUGCUGGGGACGUGGCCCUGUGCUGGCUCUCCUAGGACUUUGCUCUAACUCUGGUGUCCCCAGAUGUCCAACUGUCCUCUUUUAUUGACAUUUCUCAGAGGGACUCUCAGGAAGGACUCUUCCGGGAGCACAAGGGAAGGCCAGGCAGGGCUGGGGGUCCAGGCCACUGUGGUUGAUUUCCACAGGCCUGGGAGGCCCAGGAGCUCGGCACCAUCUCUGGUCCAAUCAGCACCAGAGUGGCCCUGGGGCUUCAAAAGGUAGAGCCUGUGCCUCGGGAAGCGAGAUCCUGACCAUGUGGCCCAGGAUGGCUUCAUUGGGGGCAUCAUCCUGCCACUUGGAUGCUUUUUUCUGGAGUCAUGGUGGGCACUUUCCAAGGCCUACCUGUGCCCAGGUGUACCCAUCACUCAGGGGCUUUGUGUGGUUCUUGUGGGGGAAGGCUCAAGCUCUUCCUUCCCCCACAACCAGCACAGCGUUUCAUAGGAAGUUUUCCUUCAGUUUUAGGUCUCAACUCUCAAAAAAGUUUAUGUCGGGCAUAAGAAACUUUUAGAAGAUAUAUAUAGGCUGUAGCAUACAUUUUGUUAAUGAGUCUUUAAAACAAAAGGUAAUGUGAAGGCAUGUUAGCUCAUGUGCCCAUGAGCCAUCAUUUCCAAUGUGAAUGACUGGAAACACUGUAGAGAUUAUUUUUCAUGUUUUUUGGGUUGCCAAAUGAAUUCUUUCCCACCCUAAAUUUUGCCAGCUCCUUGAAGCUCUGAAAUUGGUAGAAUAGAUUGCCAGCAGCCAGUGGAUGCUAUCAGCCACUGAUUUAUGCAUUUUACAGGUACUUCUGGAACAUCUAUCACGCUUAAGGCGCUGCCUCGGUGCUUUGAACUGGGUAGGAAUCAGACUCAUUACCCAAGGCAAGGAAAAACAGUGUUUCACAAUCUGUUCCUAUAGUAACAGAAACAAGUAGUUCUAUAAGUCAUGAGAUGAACUAUUAAGUAUAUUCUGACUGCAUUUGUCUGCCUACGAUUGUUUUGUCAUUAAACAAACAAACAAACCAAAAACCAGUGAAUUAAACUAGGGGACUUUGCAUAAUAAGUUCAGGUAUAUUCGGUUUCUCAGAAACAGAAAAGGCACCACUUGUGAACACUGUUGUGGAUCAUGGCCAAAGCCAGUGUCCCCACAAAUGUGGUCAUCGCCACAUUCUCCCAGGUCUGCCUCAGCCACCUUCUCCCAGAGUGUAAUAGAAUGAGCUCGAAUUCUGCAAGGUAAUGCCAAGUGUGCUACACGACCAGAGGUGUCUGUACAGAGCUACUUGGGUGUGGCCCGAGACCCGAUGGAAAGUUUCAUGCUGGCUGCCCAGGUAUUUUCCAUCUCACUGUUGGAGCCGUUGUUAUGUCAAUGAAUGCUGAGAAUAAGAGCCACUCCCAUUUGGUUACAGUCUUAGGUACAAGUUCUGGGUAAAUCAGUGUUUUUGUAUGUGCUAGUAACAAGGAAAAAAAAAAAAAGCAUUGCAUUCUGCCCUUUUAACUUUGUAACAGAAACUUGCUUCUAGCAGCGAGCUGGCAACAUUUCCACAAGCGGGUGUGCAGUGAAGAAUCUGGCCCCGUCCUGGCAACUCAAUAAAAGGUGUUGACUAGA